AUGAUAACUUCAACGUUGGUACACCUAAUAUUCUUCAUCGGUGUUUCUUAUGAGCUGAACAAUGGAUUGGGUAGAACACCUCAAAUGGGAUGGAAUAGUUGGAAUCAUUUUCAUCGUAAUAUUAGUGAAAAAAUAAUUCGACAAACUGUAGAUGCUAUUGUAGUUACAGGUCUUGCAGCUGUUGGAUAUCAAUAUGUUUAUUUAUCACUAAAUACAUUAGAUGCAGGAUUUAAGACAUGUGCUGGACAACCUGGUUCACUUGGUUAUGAAACAAUAGAUGCUAAUACAUAUACAUCUUGGAAUGUUGAUUAUUUAAAAUAUGAUAAUUAUAAUACAGAUGGAACUAUUCCUGAAGUUCGAUAUCCAAUUAUGCGAGAUACUUUAAAUGCCAGUGGAUGA